CCGGACAUGGCCAAGUGCGCCAGAUUGAGGACGACAACUCGCAUCUCUGCAAUCUAUCCUAAGCAACAGGCCUUGAAAAGACAUCCAAUUGGACUCUGGAAGGCCGCCUGCAGCUAUCCCCGGAAGUUGCUGCAUGAAACAGUAGACAAGUCUUGAUGCCAUCCUGGUGGUUCAGUUCCUGGCUGCAAACGUCAAAGGCGGGGGCGCUUGAUCGAUCCAAAUCUGUUUCUGCUCUGCGUAUCAGCCAACUCACGAGGCGACCGCGCAGAUCAACACCGUGCGCGCGCUUUGGCCUUGUGCGCGUUCAUGUCAGCAGUCAACAGACGAGGCGUGGAAUGGCGCUGCACGAGUUGCCUGACGACGUCGUCAUCCUUGUUCUUCAGAGAUGCAGAAUCCUCGACAUCUUCAACUUGCGACUGACCUGCCGGCACGUUGAGAACACCAUCUCGGCGUAUGAGAAGACCAUCGUGCCCGAGGUGGCCCAGACUACGUUUCCAAGGCCGGAAAACGACCACCUGUACUGGUCUGCGGGAGAGGACUAUUCGUUGCGCUGGCUGAAGGGCUUCAUCCCGCGGUAUCUGGCCGCGACUCUUCUUGAAGGCCCCUCCUUCCGGUCCGUCAAGUUUCUGGGAUGGAGCUCUAUCAUGUCCAUCGACCCGCUCGGCGACGAGCUGCGCUCCCGCCUCGCGAACGGCUGGUGCAUCGUCAAGAAGCUGUCAAACAUCUCCCAGGCUGUGUAUUCGCCGCCCGUGACCCGACUGGCCAACUCAUUCAACGCGCAGACGUGGUCACAUAUCCAAAGCUCACUGCACAGCCGUCUCGCGCUGGGCAAGGGCCGCGAGACGCAGGACUUUGCCUUCAUCUCGCAGAAGGAGGAGAUGAUCGCGACACGUCGCCGCGAGUACAUCGCGUCGCUGAGCAAAGCCGACGCCGCAAGCUACAUGCUGCUCAUUCGUCUACUGUCCAAGGCAAUCCGAUACCACCCGCGUUUUGAAUCGGCGGCGAACUCGGCACUGGCCGUCAUCAACACGGCGCUGGCACGUAAGCUGUCGAGAUACUUUGAUUACCCUGGCAAGUUCAGAGAUAAGUACAUCUGGUACACGGAUUGGCUCAACGACACGCCUUGCCCGAUCACGCCCUGGGUUCUGUGGGCUGUCUUGCACAUCGGACCGGAUCCGUUCUUCGUGCAGUGGACAUCGCGGUACGAGCAGGAGGAGCCAAAGGCGGAUCACGUAGCGGAGCUCAUCACGUCACUGACGGAAGGUCAAGAUGGGAAAAGUAUAUCGCGAAGGGGUAAAUUGGCAGCGCAGAUCGACAUUGAGCUUCGACGCAAGUGCCUUCGAGACGGCAUCGAAAAGUCGUGGAUGAAAUCGUACGUCGAAAGCAAGGGCGGCAAGAUGAAGCGCGAGGCCAUGGACGAGGUCAUUCAAAGGGGUACGUCGGACCACAAGCUUUUCGUCAAGGAGGCCAUGCUGCCGCAGUACUUCAUGCGCUGGCGGGCCGCCGGUGGCGAGAACGCGGAGGUCAAUCUGACGGAGGAGGAGCAAGUGAGGGAGGAAGAGCUCAUUCACAGUGGCAGACACCCAAGGGAGAAGGUCCCCUUCUUUGUGUUUCUCGGACGCGAGCCCGCGGCAGACGAGAUGAAGCUCGAGGAGGGAGGAUGAGCGGGACUUGCAACACGUUCGCUUUCAAUGUCGCUUUUGUCGUUGUCAAAGGAGUAGCCAUUACAUGGGCGACUGCCCUAGCGGCGUCUCUGCACGGAUCUCGGAUUUGCCCAAAGACUUGAAGACUAUCGGCCUCGAUUUUCCACUUUUGCCUUUUAUUGUCUCGCCGGCAUGCUCGCCUCGUUUCUUCGGAAAGCAUCAUCUGUGACAGCGGCUCUGCCUAUCAAACGCGGAGAGCACCGCACGACUUGUGAU